ACACACACACACACACACACACACACACACACACCAUUUACCAGCACCUCUCUCUUCCUUCUCUCCACCUCCUCCUUUCUCUCUCUCUCUCUUACCCUUUGAGUGAGCGAGAGAUCUCCCAAACCCGAGCGAGGCGCUCCCGGAGACCCAGAGAGGCGAUAUCUUCGUGAAGCGCAACAUGGCUACAAUUGUAACCUCCACCAGGUUUACAGACGAAAACCAGCUGUACGAAGAGCUCGGAAAGGGUGCCUUUUCUAUUGUUCGGCGAUGUGUAAAGAAAUCAACCGGCCAGGAAUAUGCUGCUAAGAUCAUCAACACAAAAAAGCUGUCAGCACGAGAUCAUCAGAAGCUAGAAAGAGAGGCCAGGAUCUGCCGUCUGCUUAAACAUCCCAACAUAGUGCGUCUCCAUGACAGUAUCUCAGAAGAAGGCUUUCAUUACCUGGUCUUUGACCUCGUAACUGGUGGAGAGUUGUUUGAAGACAUCGUCGCAAGAGAAUAUUACAGUGAAGCAGAUGCAAGUCAUUGCAUCAAUCAGAUCCUGGAAAGCGUCAGCCACAUCCACCAGCAUGACAUUGUGCACAGGGACCUCAAGCCAGAGAACCUGCUGUUGGCCAGUAAGAUGAAGGGGGCGGCAGUGAAGUUGGCUGAUUUUGGCCUUGCCAUCGAGGUGCAGGGAGAUCAGCAGGCCUGGUUCGGUUUUGCAGGCACCCCUGGAUACCUCUCCCCUGAAGUCCUGAGAAAGGACCCCUAUGGAAAACCAGUGGAUAUCUGGGCUUGUGGUGUGAUCUUGUAUAUCCUGCUGGUGGGUUACCCUCCUUUCUGGGAUGAGGACCAGCACAAACUGUAUCAACAGAUCAAGGCUGGAGCCUAUGAUUUUCCCUCUCCAGAGUGGGACACUGUUACCCCGGAGGCCAAAAACCUCAUCAACCAGAUGUUGACUAUCAACCCAGCGAAGAGGAUCACGGCUGACCAAGCGCUCAAACAUCCGUGGGUCUGCCAACGCUCCACUGUCGCCUCCAUGAUGCAUCGUCAAGAAACUGUUGAAUGUCUGCGCAAGUUCAACGCCCGCAGAAAACUAAAGGGGGCUAUUUUGACCACCAUGCUGGUUUCCAGGAACUUCUCAGUGGGUCGGCAGCACACCAGCCCCGCCGCCCCCACCACCAGCACAGCUGCACUGGCUCAAGAAGCAUGCAAAAGUUUACUGAACAAGAAGUCUGAUGGCGUGAAGCCACAGACAAACAACAACAAAAACAGUGUAGUAAGCAGCAGCACCAAAGACAGCAGCAUAUCAUCCACUGCACCAAUGGAACCACAGACCACUGUCGUGCACAAUCCAGCUGAUGGCAUCAAGGGGUCUACAGAGAGCUGUAACACCACAGAAGAGGAGGACAUGAAAGGUAGGAAAGCCGAUCCACCACAUGAUGUUAAGAAUGUUGCUUGGAGCAGUUCAGGUCAGAGCUCCUGUCCUGAUUUAGAGCCUGCUGUACCUGCUCCAGCCUCCACAACAGCAGGGGGCAGCAGCGUGCACAGGCAGCUCUCACGAAAGCAGGAGAUCAUUAAAAUCACCGAGCAGCUGAUUGAGGCCAUCAACAAUGGAGAUUUUGAAGCUUACACGAGGAUCUGUGACCCUGGCCUGACCUCGUUUGAGCCCGAGGCACUUGGAAACCUGGUUGAGGGAAUGGACUUCCAUAAGUUCUACUUUGAGAAUUUGCUGAGUAAGAACAGUAAGCCUGUGCAUACAACCAUCCUGAACCCUCACGUGCACCUGAUUGGAGAGGACGCUGCUUGCAUCGCCUAUAUCCGACUGACGCAGUACAUGGACAGCCAGGGCCGGCCACGCAGCAGCCAGUCGGAGGAGACCCGUGUGUGGCACCGCCGAGAGGCCAAGUGGCUCAACAUCCACUUCCACUGCUCUGGAGCGCCUGCCGCACCUCUACAGUGAACCACACAGGGCAAAGCAUGCCUGAAUAAUAAAGCUGAUUGGAGCAUUUCUUCUCCGUGCACGUCUUGCCGCCUGGAGCCCGGCCAGAAGAGAACCUCUUGAAGUUUUGAAAACGUGAGGGAAAAAAAUUGACACAACUAAGAAAUCUAUUUAAAAGUGGCCACCACUUCAGUCCAACUCUAGCUAGAUGUGGGGCGGGCGGCCACGGCAGCAGCCCUGCCUUUUGGAUGCUGCAUGCUUCUAAUGCCCACACGGGGCGCUGUAUUGUCUUUACACAUAAUCCCAUAAUGUCUGCUGCCCAACAUUCAGAAAUGGUGUUCAAAGUAUUAAUAAUAUAUUGUAAAAUAUUGAGAUCUUCACUUGUGUAAUUAACAGCUGGUAGACAUGGACGUUAGAAUCAGAAAUGUGAAUCUUUGAAAAGCACACGCUGUUUUAAGGGUAAAUGGUGUGAGUUUGUUACGUUUAAGAAAAAAAAACAAAUCGGUUUUGAUUUUAUUUUUUACGCAAAGAAUGUGAUUGCAUGGCAUAUCAGAGGGAACGAAAAAUGUAUCAGAUGUUGAAGCAUAUUGAGAAGAGGAUGUUUUAAUGUUGCUUUUAUUUUCUUUGAAAUUAAGGAACGGGGUUGGGGAAGAUUUUGUUAGGCUUUCUGUCGUGUUUUUGUGGAUCUCUUGGUUUUUAUUUCCUGAAUGAUGCUGUAUUUGAAAGUAUUUUGUGUUUUCAAGAAUUGUUUUAAAGUGGGACACGAUUUAAUAUAGUUGUGCAUAAAUCAAUAUUUAUGAAGAUAAAGGGCGAAACAGUGUGUGGUGUUCCAAGGGAGAGAAGGGUGGGGAGAUGUGUUUGUCUACGUAUAAAUGUUUUUUCUUGGGUUUUGUAUAAAUCUUCUUUACACACACUUCCACAUGAGGCCUAAACUCAAGUUGGGUUGGUUUACUUGCCUUCCUGUAUGUUUGUACCCAUAACCUCCUGGCUCUCUGAACCUGAAGUUGCAGAACUCACAUAGAUUCGAGUUUAUGUCUCCUGGUCCCCAGGGGGCGCUAAACACUACACACAAUUUGCUCAUAGCCCCUGCCCUCCCUCACAGAGUUACUAAGCUCAACCUUUUAGGCUUCCAGCUGCUGUGCAUAUCAUUUUUAGACUAUACGCAUGUCGAAAAAAAAGAAAAAAAUGAAUGGCCUGUACUGUUUUUGCACAUAAGCUUGAGACUCUAUGCUUGUUCUGUUCACUUUUUGUGGACUGUUUUGCAACUUCAGGUUAUGAAUUCCAUCCAUAGGGGUCCAAGCUAUAGAAGAAGACCCAAACUGCCACAUUAUCCCCCCGUGAGUGUCUGUACACUUGUCUGUACAUUGUCUCAUCAUACAUUGUGACUUUAAAAGAAUUGAAUGUUGUUUUAAGAUCACCUGACCAUCUUUAGGCAGGGAUUUGAAUGGAAAAUGACUUGAUGAAUGCAGUUCCAUGGUGUUUUGGGGUCCAUUUCACGGUUGAAUCUUUUCUGAGUAUCUUGAUUGUUUUAUUUGAAUUAUUUCCAGUAUAACCUGUAAAUACUAAUGCAUAUCAUUGAUGAGGGAUGAAUCCAACGCUCAGCCAUUAGUCCUCAUCCAGAUGCACGUACACACACACAGGCUUUCAGUACACACAACUCACAUAGUUUAAAAAAGAAAAAUCUUGGUUUGGGUGUGUUAAAGCACAUGGACACAUUGUGCUCCCUUUAAAGCUUAUCUGUGUGAUUGCCAUACAUUGGAACACUGUUCUUGACUGUGUUAUGUAGAUCCUGUGUGUGAUUUGUGAUGCCUGGGGAUUUAACAUUCCCCUUUUACUCUGUGCUAAGCCAUUUCUCGUGACAUUUACCUUUUGAGGAUGGGCCAAAAGUUGCACCCAACCCUAUAUGAUGUUCAAAAAAGGGAGGAAAGAGAGUACUCCUACCCUAAAGCCAUCUUGUUAGUGAGUUCACUUAUCCACAGAUGAAACCGUCUGACACAGUGACGUCUGCCAAACCUUCAUACUCCGUGCUCUGUUGCCCCCUGCUGAAAUCUUAUAACAGUGUGAUCAGCCCUAGUCUCUGGCAACUUCUAUCACUCAUAUAUAUAUAUUAGUGUAUCCUCUCAGAUAUGAGAAUGUCCUUGUUUAAAAAAGUGCAGUUUAGUCAGUCAAACAUCCAUAAAAAAUGUAAAUGGCAAAGAAAUGUUUCCAGAUGCAGGAGAUUGUAGUUUUUGUAUUUGUUAUGACUGUUAAAUGGACACCAACGCCUUUGUAUGCGAAGUGAAUAAUUCCUGAACAAAAUAAUUCCCACAACCAAACCAUAUAUGCAGUUCAGCAGAAGGAAAAUAUGCAUGUGUAACUUUCUGGUAAUAAUUUUCACUGUCUGUGUUACUUAAAAUUUAAUUGUGUAUAUUACCUGCAUCUUCAAGGUAAAUGAAAUGUGGCUCUGAGAUAUGGUUUCCAAUGCUAAAAUGAAAUGCUAAUUUUGUAAAGAAAUGGACUAAAAGAAAUUAACAAUGCUUUAGCUUGGUAUGUUUCCCCAUUCUUGUCAGUUUUUUGCAUUGUAACCAUAUAUGAUGGGACUACAUAUGCUUAUGAGGUUUAAUUGGAUGCUGGAUUUUUGCAUGACCAUACAAUUAAUAAACCUAUGAAUUGAAAUCCAUC